AUGACGGAAUCCGAAGCAGUGAUGAGCACCGCUUGCAUUGGAGGUGCGGGCUGCGGCGCCGAGACCGCCAUCGGCGGUGCAUCACCCCACAUCAGUGAGCACCGCCGCCGCGGUCUCCUUCACACACUCAUCAUGAGUUCAAACAAGCACCCCUACGCCCCUUCCGAGGACGAUUCAACAGUAAAGCUCCUAGACCAAGCCGAAACGGACGAAUCUGCGGCCGUUCAGCCCGUGGCCGAGCACACCCCGCGACCCAGCAUCGACUACUACGUCUGUGUACCCGUGUGGAUUCGCGCCGUCCCUAUCAUCGCGUUCGUCACCGGCCAAGCCGCCGCAACCGUGCUCGUGACCCUCAUCACGCUCUGUUUCGAGGAGGGACGGAAACGCUUUGGCACAGCCGACCUAGUCCUGAUCCUCUUGUCUGUCGUGGAGCUCGCUGUGUUCGCCUUCCUCUACCGCCUCUCAUACGUCACACCGAUUACGGGUCCCGAGGCUGCGGCCUCGUACGACCCCACCCGAGCCCGGUUCCAGUACGUCAUCACGCUGAGUGGGAACCCGGAGAUACACCCCCUGCUCUUCUUUGUCUACGGCUGGGGAAUCUACUACUCCUUCUCCGAGUAUGGACCCAUCGCGGCCAUCAGGUCCCUCACCUUUGUUUGUAUCGCGCUCAGCAUGGGGCUUCUCAUCGCCAUGCUUCGCAAACGGCCGCUCCGCCGUCUGUACCCCGGCCUGCCGUUGUACAGCCGCCCCGCACCAACCUUGUAA